AUGAGCAGCAGUCCAAGUAGCAAAGACGAUUUCGUCACCAUAACCACCAAAAAUCGCAAAAAGCAACAGCAAAGUGCUUCCUCCAUUGAAGUGACAAGCAAAAAACCUCCGACCGGUAGUAAUGGCGCAAGCAGCAACAAUAACAGUAGCAACAUUUCAUUGCGGCCGCGCACAAUGUUUGCCAUGAAAGGCCGUGGUCGUACCGAAUCUGAAGGUUCCGCAUACCGUCCGCAAUGGUCGAAAGAUGGCGAAGGUUUCGUGUCAGCUUCUUCAGGUGGUUCAUCGCUUUUUAAAGACACAUCUACAGGAAGCGGACAGGGCGAUGAACAUCGAGGAGACCGUCGCAAGGUUAAAGUGAUGCGAUACACAAAGGAGGAGCUACUAGCCUUGCAUGUCCCAAGUACUAAAACUCCUACACUCCCACCUGAGACCACAGUAGCCUCAGAACACAGUCUACCACCCGUCAGCACGCUGCCCUUUGACUAUGAAGAAAUCUAUAAGCAAUGGUCGCUACAUCGCAACCGUGGACGCGGACGCGGUCGAGGAAAUGCUCCACCUGGGGUACAACCAAAUUUGCGCAUGCACUCCGACCGAGAGUUUCGAGGGGAUGACGGAGACAGAGCAAUGGCCCAGAAAGACGACCAUUUUCGACACAAUGAGCGAGACUCAAGGCGGGACCGAGGUGCUAGAGUAAUUGAAGGAAUACUUGGAGAUGACGCGUGGGAUGAUGUUCUUGAGCAAGGCGAAAGCAAUGAAAUGGAUCUUUCUAGUAUGGCAGAGGCGGCCGAAAAGUUUCGACAAGAGAUGGAUGCGAUGCGAGAGGAGCUUAAUGGUCCAAGGACUAAAAUGAAUGAGAUUCAGGAUGAUUUGGAUGCAUUUGAUAAAAAACUUGAGGAUGCAGCGGCUACUGGACAAUUUGAUGAUAGUGAUUCUGAAGGUGGACAAUGGGAUGAGUCAGUUUUGGAGGUCGGGAAACAGGACGCUAGUAGUACGAGGAAUAUCGUGAAUAAUCUUUUGGCAACUUCGCCAGGUCGUGAGUUAAGCGAUAGUCGCGCGUUUGAUGCCCUUGAAGCUUUAGACAGGCAAGUCGGCGUUGAUGAGAAGAGUAGUCUUUCUAUGUCGCCAAAACUAGACGCUGGAGAACGGGCGGGUUCAUCGCCAAUACGGCUGGAAGUGGUAGACGAAUGGUAUUAUCUCGACCCGCAAGGAUUACAGCAGGGAGGGUGUUUUUACAGCCUUAGCAAGUCAAUUUGCCCCUGGACAAGUGCCGUUCGCAGCUUUAAUACCGCGUCUAAAUGA